AUGACCAAGCACAUCCCCUUGACAUUCGACAAACCUGAACGCUGGCUGAGGAUGGUCGACUACUGGAACGACGAAAAUAACCGUGGCAUGAUGAACCGCAUCGAAAAGCUCUCGAUAACCUUCAACAACUGGGAGUUUGUUAAUUACUGCAAGGAGACAGCAGAGAGAGACAAUAAAGCGAAACAGCAGCAGCAAGACCUUCACAUCCUCCGCACUCGCUCCGGAUCCGCGUAUAAGCGCCAGCAUCAGAACCGAAACCAGCAUGGUCAGCAGCAGGAGCAGGCCACCGAACAACGACUUCGCGCCGCCAUACGCCAUCUCACCGACAACCUCAGCAUCAACUACACAAUGCGGCUGAAACAGAUAAACAUCAACUUAAGCUGCCUGUGGCCCGAAUUCGGUUACAGGAAGGGCCCCAACUUCAAGCUCUGGAAGGGAGCCUGCGCACUUCUCCAGGGCCUCGAGCAAGUCUUUCGUUGCGGCUUCGACGGUAAUUUAACCACCUUGCACAUCACAGCCCCGGAGAAUGACUUGGUCUCGCUGCUGUGCACCGCAUUCGAAGCCGUGCCGAGGCCGGAUCAGAAAAGACUGUGUGCGAACCUAGAAGAGUUCAGUGGCAGGUAUACCCACGACAUGGACAAGCUGAGGCAGCUGCCGUGGAAGGUUAACUUGAAAGUUGAUGAUGCCAAAGUUGUUGGAGCUGAUGGGGUGGUUACUCGGAUUCCAGGUGAGAGGGAGGUGGAAGUGAAGAGCGGUCAAGAGGCGAUUGAGAUGUUUGUCGCGAGGUGUCCGAAGCUGAAGAGGCUGGAGGUUUGGCGUCCGCGAGAGCUGCACUUGAGAUUGCAUCCGUUAGCAGCAAAGCGGGGCCUGGAGGUGUUGAGUGUGACAGAAACUUAUAUGAUCAUGGGGCCGAUAAGCCUUGAGAUGUUGUUGGAGAAGCUGGCGACGGAAAAGACGGAGAUUCAGCUUAGGGAUGUGACUGCGAUUGUGCGUCCACCGGGGGGUUUGGUUCGAAGGCCGUUGAGACCGGAUGUCAAAACUGGUGUCUUGCUCUACAAGAAAAGACCGGGUGCCGCAGCGUGA